UCUGCCAGUGGUGUAGCUCAAAAAGUGUUCUCAAAAUUUGCACAAAUAUGUAAACAUGUUCAUAAAGUUCUGGUGCCAGAAAUCAUUAUUAUUAUUAAGUUGCUUACUUCCUAAACUGAUGUAUACAGCCAUAUAAUCAAUAAUAUCAGAUGCUAAAGAGAGGUUUACCAUUUUAGGGGUCAAGUAAGUCAAGUAGUUUUUGAAUGAUUUUGAUAUGUAAAUUUUGAAAAAUUGGUAUGUAUACAACUUUUACUUUAUUAGGAACACUUCAGUGUGUUUGUAUAUUUUGUGAUGCUUUUCUGCUCACCAUGAUUGUGAAGAGUGGUUGAGUAACCGUAGCAUUCCUGUCAGUGUGAAUCUUUCUCGCCAUUCUUCAACAAGGAAUGUUCAACAGGACUGCUGCUGGGUAUUUUUGUUUGUUUGAUUUUUUUUUUUUUUUUUUUUUUAACACCCUUCUGUGUGAACUUUGUCGUAAGGAAAAAUUCCGGAGAGGUUAGCUCAAACCAGCCCAUACCACCACGCUAAUAACCAUUUCAUGGUUAAAAUCACUGAGAUCACGUUUUACCCCGUUCUGAUAUUUCGUGUGAAUAUAAACUAUUGCUUUUGGCCUUUUAUCUGCAUGGAUUUAUGUAUUGUUCUGCUGUAACAUGAUGAGCUUACUGGGUAAAUGUUGAAUGUGCAGAUAUUCAGGGGUUCCUAUUAAAGUGGACAGUGAGUGUAUAGUUACUGUAUGACACUGCUGCUUUCUAAUAAUGUUAUAAAAUUUCUACUUAUUCAUGUAACAGGGACUAUAGAGAAAUGUUUGUGUGAUAUAUUUGUCAUUUGUAUGAGAAUGAAACAUUUUCAUGUUUCUUAAGAAACCUCUGGUUCAGCUGCAGCAGUCAUUUGCCUCUGGUUUCUCAACUUCCUUUGGUAAAGACCAGCUGAUUAGAUUGUGCGACUGAUUGAGUUGACUAUUUGUGAAAGCCUUUCCUGCAGAUGGCUUUUUUUUUCCUACUUCAGCUUGUUGCCAGAAUUAGAAUUUCGACUCAGUAUCAGCAGAUCGACACGGUAUCAGAAAGGGAACAGUGAAGCUGUGAAACUAGUGAUGGAAGGAAACAACUACCCGUAUGACUUCUACAACUACUCGUAUCAUGAAUAUGACUCUAACUAUAGCACUGGUUUGUCUGAGGAAUCAGCGAAAUCCAUCGAAAUCGCAGCACUCGUGCUCUACUUUAUAACAUGCUUCCUUGGAGUUCCUGGAAAUGCCUUUGUAGUGUGGAUUGCUGGUGUGAAGAUGAAGAAGACCGUUAACACCAUCUGGUUUCUGAACCUGGCCAUUGCUGACUUUCUGUGCUGCCUGUCCAUACCAUUUACUGUGGCUGAAAUCCUUCUAGAGCAUCACUGGCCUUAUGGAGAUGCUAUGUGCAAAGUCAUACCCACGAUCAUUGUUGUCAACAUGUUCACCAGCAUCUUCACCCUGAACCUCAUCAGUCUGGAUCGCUUCAUUCAGGUUGUUAAACCUGUUUGGGCUCAGAACAACCGCACGGUCAGGUUAGCAUGGAUAUGCUGUGCUUUUGCAUGGACACUGGCCAUACUCCUCAGCCUGCCCACUAUAAUCCUACGAGAAACGGUCAUCGAAAACGAUCACCUAAACACCAACUUCACUUUAUGCAUAUUCAGAAAUACAGAUAUGGAAGAUGAGUGGAGCACUGACUAUGGUGGCUCUUAUAGGGCUCUAACCAUGGCCCGCUUUGUGCUAGGCUUCCUCAUACCACUCCUGUGCAUUGUGUUUUGCUACACAGGGAUCAGCCGAAAAAUUAUGAGCAGCCAUUUUCGUGCGGGAAGAGCAUUCCGUAUCAUGCUGGCUGUCGUGGUGGCGUUUUUUCUCUCAUGGUUCCCCUACCAUGUGGUGGAUCUGGUAGCCAUUUAUGGUGGGACACAGGAAGCUGUACUGGCUAAAGACCUUGAUCCUUUAGUCAUCUCUUUCGCGUAUGCCAACAGCUGUAUGAACCCGAUACUGUAUGUGUUUAUGGGACAGGACUUUAAAGAGAAAGUCAAACACUCACUGAGACGCAUCUUUGAGAUGGCUUUUAGUGAAGAUAACACAAUGAGCUCCAAAGGACAGCAGUCGCGCUGCACCAACUCCUCAAGCUAUCCAGCUGUGAUGGCGACAUGAAGCAUGGAGAAUGUUUUUAACUUCUUGUUUGUAUAGUGUGGAAUAUCUGUAGAAAGAAAUGGGGAAAAGUCUACCCUGACUGAUUUGCACAACAAUCUGUAAAAUUAGCAUGAUCAUCAAUGAUGUAAUGAUAACCAGAGCUCAUUUAUCUGUUGGUUUGACAACCUGUUGAUUGUAGUGCCAGGAGGGAUGCUUUUACCAUUAACUAAACAGAGCAAUGCAGAGACUUUGUAACCAUUUUGUAGAGACUUUGAGUCCCAACGUUUGCAAAAUCUCCACUAGUUCUGUCACGUUUCCUCAUUAAUAUGCAAUGGUGGAAAAUUCUGAAUGGAGAAACAAAACUGUUUUGUUUCUAGGAACUAAGCGAAUUUCUGAUGUUUGAAAUCACUGGUAUUUCUUUCCAUUGAAACUGUACAACUAUACAAAAAAUAAUGAUUAUUCAACAGUUUUUUUUUUUAAAAAAACAUGUUCGGAGUUUUUGGUUGAAAUGCAAAAAGCACUUUUGUCUUCCUUUUCAUUUGCUAGACACUUUAUUAUUCUACUAUUAUUUUGUUGAGGAAAAGUAAGACUUCCAAUAAUUUGAACAUGGUUGUAAUAAUUGGAGAGGUUAUUUAAGUUUAUUAUAAAUAUAUAUUUUUUUAUUUCUAAUUACGUAAAUUCUAUGGCUUAACAUUUUUGUAACAUGUUAUAAAAAUGACUAUAAUGGAAAACCAAUAUACAAGGUUCUUAAUGUCAUUUGUAAUUCUAAUAAUCAAAUGGACACCAGAUUUAUCAGGUGCACAUUGAUUUUACUAUUGGUAUGAGUAACAGGCCACCUUUUCACUUGAAUUACAGGAUUUCUAAAUUAGGAGAACUUGAGAUGUUUGCCCUCCUGUGAUGUGAACGAUUGCAUGUUGUUUACAGGACAUCAAACCCAUGAGCCUGAGUCAAGAUUUUAUCAGAACACAUUCCAGGAGCGGUAGUUAUUUUAAGGACAUGACCUCAGUUUUGCAUUCUUGGACAGUUUGUCAGAUUCAGGGACUUUUGUCUAAUCGCUCUUGAAUAAGCACUGGUUCAGUCUGGAGUCUGGUUCAAUAUGAUUAAGUGUAAUAGUAUAAUUAAAAAUGAUUAAGAAAUUAUUUCUAGCAUGCACACAAACAGCAUGAAGUCUAAAGUCUGAGAGUAAGCUCACUUGAAUUCUUUAAAAUGUAAAUAAAGGAUAGUUUUAUACCUAGUUCUAAAGUGUUACAAUAAUUUUCUGUAAUAACAAAAACAUAUAUGUUGUGUGAUGUACUACUGUAUUCCAUACAAACCAAUUCCACUUAUUAAAUAAAGAGAUGAU